CCCGCGGCUCCGGAGCCCCCGCCCCUUCCCCCGGCAGUAGGCGCUGGGGCCGCGGCGGACCCUCGCUGCCUUGCCUCUCCGGCGGGUCAGUGCGGGGUCGGGCUCGGCCAGUCCCGGCCGGCUCCGGGAGAGCCUGGCCCGAAUUCCUGCCUCCACCCUCUUUUUCGCCGCGAAGGUGACUAUUCCCCUUUGCCCCAGCCCUCUGAGACCCGCCCGCGGAUUCCCAGGCGUCGGGAGACACGGAAAGGAGUGGGGUCUGGUGGAGGCCCCGGGCGUAUCGCUCUCCAGGCCGCCCUCCGCGGGCCUGCCCCGGCCACCGCGUUAGCGUCGGAGAGAAGGAUUUGGGGAGAAAGGUUUAACAGCCUGCGACUUCCUUGCUGAACUUUCCCCCCCCCAAGACAGGCUUCCGAAAGCUGCGCCGUUGGAGGGAUCCGGGACCUCUGACUACUCGGGUUUGGCCCUGGCAUGUGUGGGAGCAGUUUUUAUUAGACAGAAUGCUCAGUUUGCAAGUUAAUUUCGAGUCUCCAGCCACGUCAGGAAAAAAACAUGAAGGAAUUAAAGGAGACCAGGCCGCGCAAAGAUAACAGGCGUCCAGAUCUGGAAAUCUAUAAGCCUGGCCUUUCUCGGCUAAGGAAUAAGCCCAAAAUCAAGGAACCCUCUGGGAGUGAGGAAUUCAAAGAUGAAAUCGUUAAUGACCGAGAUUCCUCUGCUGUUGAAAAUGGUACUCAGCCCGUUAAAGAUGUCUGUAAGGAACUGAACAACCAACAGCAGAAUGGUCCUAUAGACCCAGAAAAUAAUCGGGGACAAGAAUCGUUUCCUAGGACUGCUGGACAAGAGGAUCGUAGUCUAAAAAUUAUCAAAAGAACAAAGAAACCAGACCUGCAGAUCUAUCAGCCUGGACGACGUUUGCAGACUGUUAGCAAAGAAUCAGCCAGUCGGGUGGAGGAGGAAGAAAUCCUCAACCAGGUAGAGCAGCUGAGAGUAGAGGAAGAUGAGUGUAGGGGAAAUGCUGCGAAAGAGGAAGUUGUGAAUAAACCAGACAGGGCUGAGACAGAAAAGAACCCAGGUGGUGACAGAGUAAGGGCUGCAAAGGGAGAAAAAGGAAAGAGGAUUGAAAAAGGGGAGGGGAUGAGGAAAACCAAUGAUGACCCAGCCCAGGGGAAGCCAGGUUCUGCAAAGCGCUACUCCCGGUCAGACAAACGAAGGAAUCGCUACCGCACGUGCAGUACCAGCUCAGCUGGCAGCAACAACAGCGCUGAGGGAGCUGGCCUGACUGAUAAUGGAUGUCGCCGCCGCCGACAGGAUAGGACCAAGGAGAGGCCACGACUGAAGAAGCAAGUGUCUGUGUCCUCAACCGAUUCCUUAGAUGAGGACAGAAUUGAUGAGCCUGAUGGAUUCGGACCCAGGAGAAGUUCAGAAAGGAAGAAACAUUUAGAAAGAAACUGGUCUGGCCGUGGGGAGGGUGAGCAGAAAAGCAAUGGUAAAGAAAAUCGAGGCACUCUUCGUGUCACUUUUGAUGCGGAAGCCAUGAACAAAGAGUCUCCCGUGGUGAAGUCAGCCAGGGAUGAUGUGGAUAGAGGAAAGCCUGACAAAGGCUUCAGCAGUGGGGGCAAAGGCUCUGAGAAGCAGGAGUCCAAAAACCCGAAACAAGAACUUCGGGGUCGUGGUCGUGGCAUUCUGAUUCUGCCUGCCCACACCACCCUAUCUGUCAGUUCAGCAGGCUCUCCAGAGUCCGCACCUUCGGGGCCUCGGCUUUUGUUUGGAUCUGGUGGUAAGGGACCUCGGAGUUGGGGCCGUGGAGGCACCACACGCCGGUUGUGGGACCCCAACAAUCCUGAUCAGAAACCUGCUCUGAAGACUCAGGCGCCCCAGCUGCAUUUCUUGGACACCGAUGAUGAAGUCAGUCCUACGUCUUGGGGUGACUCACGCCAGGCUCAAGCAUCUUACUAUAAGUUUCAAAACUCUGACAACCCCUAUUAUUACCCCCGGACACCAGGCCCUGCCUCCCAAUAUCCCUAUACGGGCUAUAACCCUCUGCAGUACCCAGUGGGCCCUACAAAUGGUGUGUACCCAGGGCCUUACUACCCAGGCUACCCGACUCCAUCAGGACAGUAUGUAUGUAGCCCUCUGCCUGCCAGCACCAUGAGUCCUGAGGAGGUGGAGCAGCACAUGAGGAACCUGCAGCAACAGGAGCUGCACAGGCUUCUCCGGGUGGCCGACAACCAGGAGCUGCAGCUCAGCAACCUGCUCUCCAGGGACCGCAUCAGUCCGGAGGGCCUGGAGAAGAUGGCGCAACUCAGAGCUGAACUGCUGCAGCUAUAUGAGCGCUGUAUUCUAUUAGAUAUUGAGUUCUCUGAUAAUCAGAAUGUGGAUCAGAUCCUGUGGAAGAAUGCUUUCUAUCAGGUGAUUGAGAAGUUCAGGCAACUUGUCAAGGAUCCGAAUGUUGAGAACCCAGAACAGAUUCGGAACAGACUUUUGGAGCUCUUGGAUGAGGGCAGUGACUUCUUUGAUAGUUUGCUUCAGAAGCUGCAGGUUACUUACAAGUUCAAACUGGAAGACUAUAUGGAUGGUCUUGCCAUUCGCAGCAAGCCAUUACGCAAGACAGUAAAGUAUGCCUUGAUCAGUGCCCAGCGAUGUAUGAUAUGCCAAGGAGAUAUUGCUAGGUACCGGGAGCAAGCCAAUGAUACCGCAAACUAUGGGAAAGCACGCAGUUGGUACCUGAAGGCCCAGCACAUUGCUCCCAAGAAUGGACGCCCCUAUAACCAGUUGGCUUUGCUGGCAGUGUAUACGAGGAGGAAGCUUGACGCUGUCUAUUACUAUAUGCGCAGUUUAGCUGCCAGCAAUCCUAUCCUGACUGCCAAGGAGAGUCUCAUGAGCUUGUUUGAAGAGACCAAGCGGAAGGCAGAACAGAUGGAAAAGAAGCAACAUGAAGAAUUGGAACUGAGCCCUGACCAAUGGCGGAAAGGAAAGAAGUCUACUUUCCGGCAUGUUGGAGAUGACACCACUCGCCUGGAGAUCUGGAUUCAUCCAUCCCAUCCACGGUCUUCCCAGGGCACUGAGUCUGGGAAGGAUUCUGAGCAAGAGAAUGGGCUGGGCAGCCUGAGUCCCAGUGAUCUGAACAAAAGGUUCAUCCUCAGUUUUCUCCAUGCCCAUGGGAAGCUGUUUACCCGGAUUGGGAUGGAGACAUUCCCUGCAGUGGCUGAAAAGGUCCUCAGGGAGUUCCAGGUGUUACUGCAGCACAGCCCCUCUCCCCUUGGAAGUACCCGCAUGCUGCAGCUUAUGACCAUCAAUAUGUUUGCGGUCCACAACUCCCAGCUGAAAGACUGCUUCUCAGAGGAGUGCCGCUCUGUGAUCCAGGAACAGGCUGCAGCUCUGGGCUUGGCCAUGUUUUCUCUGCUGGUCCGGCGCUGCACCUGCUUACUUAAGGAGUCCGCCAAAGCUCAGCUGUCCUCUCCUGAGGACCAGGAGGACCAAGAUGACAUCAAGGUGUCUUCCUUUGUCCCGGACCUGAAGGAGCUGCUCCCUAGUGUCAAAGUCUGGUCAGAUUGGAUGCUUGGCUACCCAGACACCUGGAAUCCUCCUCCCACAUCCCUGGAUCUGCCUUCGCAUGUUGCUGUGGAUGUGUGGUCGACGCUGGCUGAUUUCUGUAACAUACUGACUGCAGUGAAUCAGUCUGAGGUGCCACUGUACAAGGACCCGGAUGAUGACCUCACCCUUCUUAUCCUGGAAGAGGAUCGGCUUCUCUCGGGCUUUGUCCCCUUGCUGGCUGCCCCUCAGGACCCCUGCUACGUGGAGAAAACCUCGGAUAAGGUUAUUGCAGCUGACUGCAAAAGGGUCACAGUGCUGAAGUAUUUUCUGGAAGCCCUUUGUGGACAAGAAGAGCCUCUGCUGGCAUUCAAGGGUGGAAAGUAUGUGUCAGUGGCACCCGUCCCAGACACCAUGGGAAAGGAAAUGGGAAGCCAAGAGGGAACACGACUGGAAGAUGAGGAGGAGGAUGUGGUGAUCGAAGACUUUGAGGAAGACUCAGAGGCUGAAGGCAGCGGGGGCGAGGAUGACAUCAGGGAACUUCGGGCCAAGAAGCUGGCUCUGGCCAGGAAGAUAGCUGAGCAGCAGCGUCGCCAGGAAAAGAUCCAGGCUGUCCUGGAGGACCACAGUCAGAUGAGGCAGAUGGAGCUCGAAAUCAGACCUUUGUUCCUUGUACCAGACACCAAUGGCUUCAUUGACCACCUGGCCAGUCUGGCGCGGCUGCUGGAGAGCAGGAAGUACAUCCUGGUGGUGCCCCUGAUCGUGAUCAAUGAGCUGGACGGCCUGGCCAAGGGGCAGGAGACAGACCACCGGGCUGGGGGCUAUGCCCGUGUGGUACAAGAAAAGGCCCGCAAGUCCAUCGAGUUCCUCGAGCAGCGAUUCGAGAGUCGGGACUCUUGCCUGCGAGCCCUGACCAGCCGUGGCAAUGAACUUGAAUCCAUCGCCUUCCGCAGUGAGGACAUCACUGGCCAGCUGGGUAACAACGAUGAUCUCAUCCUGUCCUGCUGCCUCCACUACUGCAAGGACAAGGCUAAGGACUUCAUGCCUGCCAGCAAAGAGGAGCCAAUCCGGCUACUGCGGGAGGUGGUGCUGUUGACAGAUGACCGGAACCUGCGUGUGAAGGCGCUCACAAGGAAUGUUCCUGUACGGGACAUCCCAGCCUUCCUCACGUGGGCCCAGGUGGGCUGAGGGAGCCACACUGGGGCCCACCCCUGUGGAACCGUUCCUGAAAGGCUACCAGGCGCCCAGUGUAGCACAGAAGAUGCCCACGUGCCUGAGCCACCAAUCCACCCAGACAAUAAACCAUCCUCUUCCAACCCACGCCGUGGCCAUGCUGUGGGGGAGCUGCUCCUCACAGAGCCCCUGCCAAGGAUCGGGCGGAAGCUGCUGGGACCCUCCUGGGCUGCCAGAAUUUAGCAGGGAGGUGGCUGGCUACAGCGACAGCAGCUGGGCAAGCCAGAUAGGCUGCCCAUGCUCUCAGCCUUUCUCCCUCCCCCGUCUCAUUCCAAGGCUGGGGGAGGGCCUUCUCGCCUGGGGACGCAGCCACUUUCUCCAGUGGAGACAGGGCAGGGGUUCAGAGUUUCCAUCAGAUGCAGUGAAAUCACAGGUCCCUUUCAUCCUCAGAACCUCUGUCCUGAAAUGUGUUCAAGAGGCUUUGGUUAUGUCAGGAAGAAGUGCCCAGGGCAUGUGUCCCCAUCUCCCUGAGGCCUGGACUCGCCCAUGGACCCAAGUUGGCUUCUAGACACCAUGUCCCUAACAGCAGCCCUGGGCCCCCACCUCUUCUACCAUCCACCCCAGACAUACCACACACCCUUCCUGCUGCUCUUCUUCCUGCCUUUAUCAGCCUGGGUCCCUCACACUUUGCCAUUUGUUUCCCCUUGGACAGUCAUGGGUCGAGAGGAAAGGGGCAUCUGGUCUCAAGCCCAUGCUCUCGGGUGGCCUCCACCUGCUCCCUCUCUCCUCACUGGCCUUUCUUUCAGUCUAGCUUCCUCUUCAGGAAAUGUCCUCAGACUCUCCUCAGCUCCCCCUUCACCCCUCUCUGCCUGCCUACCCUCCCUCCAGAAUAGCCCCUCAUCCUCUUUUCCCUUCUAGUUGAUCCUUUUCACCUCCCUGAUCCACUUCAUUUCUUCUCUGCGGUUCCUCGUCAUAGGGGUUCUCACUCUGAACCUUCCCUCUCUACUACCCAUGGCAGGAACUUAGUACAUACAGCUCUCCCACCCAGGGCCUUCCACCCUCGGCUCCUGUGCUGCGAGAAACUUCCAGGCCUGGACAGCCCAGCCUGAGGCAUUCCAGUGCUUGGGGCAACAUCGCCUAACCUGGUUUCUAGCUUUGCCCUCACUUCCGAGAACAGACACAGGGGUCCUUUCCUUGCCCCUUUAGCUGGUACCUCAGUGGGGAGGCUUCCUUACCGGGAAUGAGUUCCUCCAACCCAGAGCCAGAGAUGAGGACGACUUAGGGGAAGACAGGGUUUUAGGUGGAGCCAGGGGCAAAUCUUAAUGGGACCAGUGAGGGAUACCCCAGAGCCCAUGGCCCGACUGCACAGCUCUGCCUUCCCUGAGGCCUAGGACUAUGCCAGAAGCAAUGGGGUACCGUGCAGGGGGGUCAAGGCCAAUAGUUUGGGGUUAGGAGUCCCCUAGCGUCUCAGAAGACCUGGCUCUUUGGAGUACAGGGUCCCCGGCCUCUCCUUUAAGAUUCUCUUCCCAGCUGGAAGGCCGAUGACUGGGUGGUUGGGAGGGAGACCCAUCUCUCCUUUCUGUCCCGUUUGCAGCACUGGUUUUGUUUCCUUAAUAAAUUUUUAGUUAUGAAACA